AAGAUUAUAUGAGCCGUCGGAUCUUCUUGUAAACCCGAAGGUCUCCAUUAUCUUCCCGUCUUGGCAGACCAACGGGGCAUUCCCCAGUUUUCCUAUCCAUUUCAACAAUCAGAUGAAACUAGGUAAAGUAGCCAUCUUUUCUUCUUAUCCUCCUCUUUCUUUCUUUGUUGACUACUGGUCCAAGUUUUCCUAAUUGGUUGGUUGCACAAAUCCAAGUGAUAGAAUCAUUACAUUAAUGGGAAUCAUUAGAUUUUUUUGGUAGAAAGUUGCUGGUUUACUGCUGCUGCUCUUAUUAUUUUUCAGAGAUAUGGCUACUUUUUCUGUUGUUUGUAAUAAUGGGUUAUUGAUUAGUAAAGAAAAUUUAGUUCAUAGUGGAAAGGCCAAGCCUUUGAGGAGAUACACAAGUGUUUGUUAUAAUUCAGUGGGAGCUUACACUUUUAGCAAUUCCCAAAAUUUUAUGCUUUCUAGGAAUAAGUUUAGGUCGCUUCAUCAUGGAAAUAGUGAAGUUCCUUUAUUGGGGUUUUGUGUUUCUUGCAAGUCUCAACGUGGGUUAUCUUGUCAUAACAAUACUGGGCCAUUGAUAAUGAGGGGAGACAGAGGAAAUGAACGAAGACAUUUGGGAAAAAGAGUUACUACUGGUUUGAGAAAGCGAUUUUCAUUGAGAUUGCGGCCAAGAUUGCGGCUAUUGAUGAUAAGAUUGAAAAGAGUUUCAGUGAGGUCAAUGUUAAAUGAUUUUGGAAUGUUCUUGAGAAAGAAUAUAAAGAGACUGAUGCUUUAUUCUUCAAUUUCUCUUGCACUGGGGAUAUGCUACUUGUUCUUGAGAUUAACUACAUUGCCAUCUCCAAAGAUUGUUCCAUAUUCGGAUUUAAUAACAAGCCUUCAAAAUGAUUCCGUUUCAAAAGUUUUACUCGAAGAGGGGUCUCGUCGGAUUUAUUACAACACAAAAUCUCAGGGCAUUGAAAAUUUUAAAGAUGCAGAAGAAAGAUCUCCAGGGAUAGAUGUUUCAAAUGAGAAUGCAGCUGGUCCAGCUGCAACAGGAAGUAUUGCGAGUACUGCUGGCCACAAAUCAAAUAUGGAUAUAUUGAAGAAGUUUUCAGGGUCUCGAGCUUCUACUCCCGAGUGGAAGUUUUCCACUAGGAAAAUAGACCAUGAUGAGAAAUUUCUUCUUAGUUUGAUGAGAGAAAAGGGAACCGUAUAUAGCUCAGCCCCUCAAUCAGCAUUGAUGUCAAUGAGGAAUACAUUGAUAACCAUAAUAUCUCUCUGGAUCCCUUUAACUCCUUUGAUGUGGCUUCUGUAUCGUCAACUUUCUGCUGCUAAUAGUCCUGCAAGAAAGCGGAGACCUAAUAAUCUGAUGGUUAGUUUUGAUGAUGUGGAGGGCGUUGAUGCUGCUAAGGUGGAGCUUAUGGAGAUAGUUUCAUGCCUGCAAGGAGCUACAAACUACCAAAAACUGGGAGCAAAGUUACCUAGAGGCGUGUUGCUGGUUGGUCCCCCAGGAACAGGAAAAACAUUGCUGGCCCGUGCGGUUGCUGGAGAAGCAGGAGUACCAUUUUUCAGUGUUUCUGCCAGUGAAUUUGUGGAGUUGUUUGUUGGAAGAGGAGCAGCUCGCAUUAGAGAUCUCUUUAGUGCAGCAAGGAAAUGUGCUCCAUCAAUUAUAUUUAUUGAUGAACUUGAUGCAGUUGGGGGGAAACGUGGUAGAAGUUUCAAUGAUGAGCGUGAUCAAACACUGAAUCAGUUGCUGACUGAAAUGGAUGGAUUUGAGUCAGACAUGAAAGUGAUUGUUGUGGCAGCAACUAACAGGCCAGAAGCAUUGGAUCCAGCCCUUUGUAGGCCUGGUCGAUUCUCAAGAAAGGUACUUGUGGGAGAACCUGAUGAAGAAGGAAGGAAAAAGAUAUUGGCUGUUCAUUUGAGAGGAGUUCCCGUAGAAGAGGACACAGAUAUCAUUUGUGAUCUAGUUGCUUCUUUGACAGCAGGUUUUGUAGGAGCUGAUCUGGCAAACAUUGUCAAUGAAGCUGCUUUACUUGCUGCUCGGAGAGGUGGUGAGACUGUAACAAGGGAAGAUAUAAUGGAAGCUCUUGAAAGAGCUAAGUUUGGGAUCAAUGAUAGGCAUCUGACGCCCAAUGCAAUAAGCAAGGAGCUGGGGAAACUCUUUCCAUGGAUACCCUCUAUACUGGGAAGGAAUGACACAGGACAAGAUGGUUUGCAGGGGCCUAUGGGUUACCAAACUCUGAGCUGACCAAGUAUGUUUACUUUCUUAGUACUUCCACUGUGAUUCAUGAAUCAUGAUUGAUCUUUUUGUCAUUUUUUCCUUCACCUGCUCUUUGUAAGCUCAAGUUUACGGGUUUAUUGGCCAUCAUUCUUCAGGUCUUUCUAUGGACUGAAUGUUUGAAAAGGUUUUAUUUCUAUUCAUCACUUUAUAUCCAGAAAUAUAUUCAGCGCAA